GUCAUGGAUAAAUAUGGUGAGUUCUAUGGCCGUGACAGGAUCAGUGAGUUACUAGGGAUGGACAAAGCUGCUCUCGAUUUUAGUGAUGCUCGAGAAAAGAAGAAACCAAAGAAGGAUAGCUCCUUAUCUGCUGUGCUAAAUUCCAUUGAUGUUAAGUAUCAGAUGUGGAAAUUAGGAGUUGUUUUCACUGAUAAUUCUUUCCUUUACCUAGCAUGGUACAUGACCAUGUCAGUCCUUGGCCAUUACAACAAUUUUUUCUUUGCUGCUCAUCUCCUUGACAUUGCAAUGGGAUUCAAGACAUUACGAACUAUCCUGUCAUCAGUGACCCACAAUGGCAAACAGCUUGUCCUAACAGUGGGAUUACUGGCAGUAGUAGUAUACUUGUAUACAGUAGUGGCAUUCAAUUUUUUCCGCAAGUUCUACAACAAGAGUGAAGAUGGUGAUAUGCCAGACAUGAAAUGUGAUGAUAUGCUAACAUGCUACAUGUUUCACAUGUACGUUGGAGUACGUGCGGGUGGAGGCAUUGGUGACGAAAUAGAGGAUCCAGCAGGAGAUGAAUAUGAAAUCUAUCGGAUUAUCUUUGACAUCACUUUCUUCUUCUUUGUGAUUGUCAUCCUGCUUGCAAUUAUUCAAGGUUUAAUUAUUGAUGCUUUUGGUGAGUUAAGAGAUCAGCAAGAGCAAGUUAAGGAAGACAUGGAGACAAAGUGCUUUAUCUGUGGAAUAGGAAAUGACUACUUUGAUACAGUGCCCCAUGGCUUUGAAACACACACGCUACAGGAGCACAACUUGGCCAAUUAUUUGUUUUUUCUGAUGUAUCUUAUUAACAAAGAUGAAACGGAGCAUACAGGACAGGAAUCCUAUGUAUGGAAAAUGUAUCAAGAACGGUGUUGGGAGUUUUUCCCUGCUGGUGACUGCUUCCGAAAACAAUAUGAAGACCAGCUCAACUAAGCAGACAUGAGGAUUUCCAGAUGAAAAUAUGUCUAUAUAUUUCCCAACUCUUUUGGGAAUGUCUAACAGAUUUCUUAAAUCCCCAAAGCUGUGUGCUUUUUGGAGCACCAAAGCUCUGUUUUUAAUGACCCAACUGCGCUUUUAUUUUCUUGUGUAUUUGCUUUGAGAACACUGGAGUAAAGAACAAUGAAAAAUAAUAGCAACUCUGGAAAACAAAACAACCACUUGCACACACAAAAGAUAUCCCUAUACAUAACAUGCACACAUAAGAAGAGACUUGAGACAGCUUAUUUCUGAAACUGCCAGAAUGAUGCCCUUGUCUAUAAGAUCACACAUGGGGUGACAUGGUAGCAACACUCAUUCAAUCUGUUUAUUUCGUCAUCCUGGAAGGAACUAUAUGUGGUUCACAGAGCACUGUAAAAGAUUGUUGUGGACACUAAGUUGUGGGGAAAUAGUGCCUUACUAUAUGUGGGUUGAGCUAUGCAGAAGAUGAGUGCAUGAUGACAUCAUUUUUUUUUUCUUUAUGUCUUCCCUUUCUUCCAAGUUAAUAUUUAUUU